CUUUUUCUUUUCUUUUUUCCUCCCUCUCCCCCCAAAUUUGAUGGCAUCAAAUCGUUUUAACGAAGACUACUACUUAUCUGAAGGCGAAUACGAAGAAGAAGAAGCAGCAGCAGCAGCAUCCGAUGCCAACAACAACCAUCUCAUCGAUUUCUACGCAUCAUCCCCCGACGCUGAAGAGCAAGAGGAAGAACACAAUAUGUACGACGUUGCAGAGGAUCAUGAAGCUUUGAUGGACGACUACGAUGAUGAUGGAGGAGAAUAUGAUGAUGAUGAUGACGAAGGAGAAGAAGAAUAUGAUGAUGAUGAUGAUGAUCAAGAAGAAGAAGGAGGAGGAGAAUACGACGAUGAUGAACAAGAGGAGGAGGAAGAAGAAGCUAAUUGGAUGGAGAUCAACGGAGGAGAAAGGGAGCAGACGGAGGAGAUCGAUGGUGAUAACGUCGAUUUCGAUCGGUCGGCUAAUUGCACCAUCUGCUUCAAACCCUGGACUGCUAAUGGUCCCCAUCGAGUUUGCUGUCUUCCUUGUGGGCAUGUUCAUGGUAAAUCUUGCUUAGUGACAUGGCUCCAAAGACGUGGAGAGACAAAUGGGAAGUGCCCUCAAUGUAAUAGGCAGUGUAGACAGAGUGAGAUUAUCAAUCUAUAUUUGCCGACCACUGUGGUUCCUAAUGGCAGUCUUGACAAGACGCCAUUACUUGAGCCAUCCUCACAGCAAAGAAAGCGCGAAAUAUCUGGCUGGAGGCGCUAUCCCUCUUCUACUCCGCAGGAAGAGACACAUGGUCGUGCCCACUGCUCAGGUUUGGAUUAUUCUUCUUCUUUGACUCUUUUACACUCAGGAGGUCUAUUUGUCAGAAAAACAAUUCUCUCUUUCUCUAAGGGUAAAAAGUCGAAAGAAAAUUUACUUAGGUGUCUAUCAGAAAAAUAGAACUAUAGAGGGUCU